AUGUAUCUCACCGUCCUCGAAGGGUCCAUGGGAUGCGUCCUUGGAGAACAUGACGAGACCGGUAGAAAGGAACAUGUAAUAUACUACUUAAGAAAGAAGUUCACCGAUUGCAAGAGUAGAUAUUCAAUGCUUGAGAAGGGUUUUUGCGUGCUAGCAUGGGCUGCCAAACGCUUAAGACAAUACAUGCUCACUCAUGUAAUACUGUUGAUCUCCAAGAUGGACCCCAUCAAAUAUAUCUUUGAGAAGUCUGCUAUAAACGAUAAAGUAGCCCAAUGGAAAAUGGCAUUAACCAAGUAUAACAUCCAACAUGUCACUCAGAAGGCCAUGAAAAGGAGUGUAACGUCUGACUAUCUGGCACAACAACCCUUGGAGGACUACCAGUCCAUGCGUUUUGAAUUGCUCGAUGAAGAUAUCAUGUUGAUUAGGGAUUGCAACAUCCCCGGCCUUGAAGAAGGACUCGAGCCUGGGUCCCGUUGGAAUUUGGUUUUUGAUGGAGCUUUUAAUGCUCAAGAGUACGAGGCUUGUAUCUUCGGUAUUGAAGCCGCUAUUGAUCUUAGGAUUAAGAUCAUUGAAGUUUACAGAGAUUCAGCCCUAGUCAAGUGGAAGAAUGAAGCGACAUCCUUUCACCUCAUCUACCUAGACGAGCCUGCUUAUUGUUUAGCGGCCGAAGACGAAGCCGAUGGUUAUCCUUGGUUCUAA